AUGUCUCCCUUCGAUCCCGCCCACAGCUCUGGGGCGCCGACCUACACCGCCGUGUCUGCAAGUCUGAGUUUGUCUGGACUUGAUGACUUCGCCCCCCUGACCGAUUCCGACAUGGCGGGCGCAGAAUGGUACGGCCAGGAUCCCUAUCACCAUGCCGCGGUGCCCGAACACCUGCUGCUGUCGCGGGGACACGAAGAGCUUUCUGUCAGCGCUGGAUUUGGCUAUGCGUCGCACAAUGUGCCCGUCAGCGAGGGCUUUGGAGGCCCACAAUAUCCACCAGUUAACCACCCAAUGAACGGCAACCCGUAUCCUCCGUUUCCACACGACCAUGGCGUGCCGCCUUUGGAUGACCUAGCACCACUUUCGCCUAUCCACGCAUCGUACAAUUCGAAUCCUUAUCAGACGCCAUACCCUGACAGCACUGCCUCGUCAGCUCCGAGCGAAGACCCCAUCAUCGCCGACGCAGAGGAGGACAAGCGGAAACGGAAUCAGGCCGCCUCUGCACGCUUCAGGCAGAAAAAGAAGCAACGAGAGCAGCAGAUACUUGAGCAGAGUCGGGAAAUGCAGGAGAAGACCAAGAAGCUGGAGAACGAGGUGGAGGGUCUGAAGAGAGAGAACACGUUCUUGAAGAAGUUGCUGGUGGAGAAGGUGGAUAACAUGAGCGAUGAGGAUAAAGCAUCACUGGCAAAGGCUAAAGACGCAAUCUGGAAAGAGAAAGGAUGA